AUGGCCAAAAAGAAGAAGCCAGCCGGCAAUCCUGCGCGUGGCUUUGCAACCACAUCUGUGGCCAGCAAACCUAAACCCGAUAGGUCUGUCGCUGACGCCCCAGCUAGAGAAGUUUCUCAAGCGCAGUCAAAAGAAAGCCAAGCAGUACCAGAGCCGGUAUCUCAGGUACCCCAGCAGGCUACAUUGCCAAAAGAGGAAGUUGCACAAACUCCCGAAGAGCUCGAGGCCCAACUCGAGCGCGAUGAGCUUCAAUUGUUAGUUGAAAAGCAUGCUGCCAAAGUCCGCCGCGAAUCCAGUCGUCAUGUUACACGCUUCCAGACCGACCGCAGGCUUCUGCGCAGCCAGUCUUACUCUAUCGCCGUUCAUGAAUGGCUGCCCGGAGAGAUCCUGGACAGCAUCAUACUCUUAGCACAAGCAGAGUCCAAUGAUUCAAACAGGAGGCAGGGCCAACAGUCUUUUCUGAAAACAUUGACCGAAGACGAUGCCAUUUUCAAACUAUGGACGCUUGAUUUGACCCUCCGUGAACUUGGCUUCGCAGACAGUCACAUCGAACCUGUCUUAACAUGGCUCUGCGCCAACGCCGCAGGUGUCGAUGCGUCAUCUGGUAUAUGGGGUUUUCAAGAAGCCUUGGAAUGGCUUGCACUCGACCAGUGUGAAGAUUUCAAUUUUUCAUAUGAAGAGUCGCCGCCCAAACGCGCAGCUCUCGACGCUCCUCCUUCGCGGCCUGUUACACCACCCCGUGAGGCGUUGGCAAAGACCGCAGCCACACCAGGAGCCUCAACGCCUGCAAAAGCUAAUGGCUCUACGCCUGUCGAAAACGACCAAAGUGAUAUCCACGUCAGCGAUAUCGACAGCGACAUUGAAAGCGAGGACCUCGUCCCCACAUAUCUCAAGAUCAAGAGCAAACUUUAUGAGAUUGACCCACAGCUCGUGGAAACAACUACACGAAAGUCACAGAAAGGCGCAAAGUCGAAAAAGCCCGAGCCCGUCGCUCCCCAGACACCGGCUGUUCGAAAGUUACUCUCUCAGUUGCAACAGCUGAAGUCGGAUACUUUAUUCGAUGAAGACGAAGCUGAGGAAAAGUGGCCAGCCAGGCGCAAUCAAAUCGCCCGGAACCAAGCCGAGAAACGGCAGCGGAACGGUACACAGCCCCAAGUUCCGAAAGAGCAGAAAGAAAAUAAUGAGACCCAACCUCAAAAGUCGAUUGAAGCCGAGGUGCCCGCAGCUGAAGCACCACCAGUUGCUAGUGAAGACGAUGAGGAUAUGGAUUUGCUCGGUGAAAUGUUCUCUGCAGUUCCUGACUCACCAUCGAAAUUGGAAACUACGCCCAAUGGCGCAGGUUCUGCUGAUGUGACUAUACGUGAUUUUGGCAAGGCAAGCGGAGUAUCUCCCCGCAAAGUGCUCGAAGAGGCGGUUCGCUCAAGGGACUCUGGUGCGAGUUUGUCGUAUGCAGUCAUCUCACCUACUAUGUACACUUGCCGACAUUCACUUACUAUCAUUUGGUCAAAGGAUGUUGAUGUCGAAUACGACACCGAAAUUGCUGGAGUGACUGUGACUCCUUAUAGAGGGCAAAUUACAUUCGCAGCAAUCGACCUUGCAACCGUGUCCGUUGAGCAAAGUGAGAGCUACAUCUCAGUUGUUGCACUUUUCUCCAUCUCUGCCGCCUCGCCGAAGGACGAAAAGGUCCAUCUACGACUGCCACCAAACUGGAGAGAACUUUAUAGAGAAUUUCUCGAAAGUCGAAAGACGCGUCUGGAUGCUGCAGAUCGCGAUGCCAUAAAGCGCUACCGUUCAUUCGUCCAGGAUCAAGUUGAAAAUGAAGAGUCGGAUGGUGUUGUUUUCACAAAUCGCUUCAAGAUGCGUAACCAGGCCGCUACAGGCUCUAGUGGAUCAAACUCGGGGUACAACACGCCAAUACGCCAACACGAAAGUCUAAGGGAUCUAUGGGCUGCCAAAACCUCUACUACUUCAUAUCAACACAUGCUUGUCGGCCGAUCAAACCUUCCGGUCUUUGGUUUCAAGGAGUCCAUUCUGUCAACGGUGGACAAGAACCAAGUCACCAUAAUUUGCGGUGAGACUGGGUGUGGAAAGAGCACGCAAAUUCCGGCGUUUGUUCUCGAGCACGAGCUUGCACAAGGCAAGGCAUGCAAAGUCUACUGUACCGAACCCAGACGAAUCUCCGCCAUUUCGCUUGCGCAACGUGUGAGCGAGGAGCUGGGCGAGGGGCCGAAAGAUCUUGGUACUAUGCGCUCACUUGUCGGUUACGCAAUCCGACUCGAGUCUAAGAUGUCAUCACAAACUCGUCUAGUGUACGCAACUGUAGGUGUUGUACUUCGCAUGUUGGAGUCUUCAGGAGCUUUACAAGAGGUUACGCAUCUGAUCAUUGAUGAGGUCCAUGAAAGGUCUAUUGACACAGACUUUCUCCUUGUUAUUCUGCGGUCGCUGAUGGUACGUCGGCCUGAAUUGAAGGUGAUAUUGAUGAGUGCUACCGUUGACGCCGCCAAAUUCUCCCGAUACCUCAACGACGCACCCAUUCUAACAGUGCCUGGUCGUACAUUUCCAGUACAGACACGAUACCUCGAGGAUGCUAUCGAACUGACGCACUAUACGGGGGCAUCUGAGCAGAACACCAACACUACUACCAGCGACAACGACGAGGAUGACGAAGUCACAAGUGACAAAUCCGGCAUUCCUAACAAACUCCCUGGUUACAGUGCUGCAACGCGCAAUGUGCUCUCGAAUUACGACGAAUACGCCAUUGAUUACGAUUUGAUUACCAGACUUAUUGAAACCGUUGCCUACGACCCGCAACUGAGCCGCUUUAGCAGCGCCAUUCUUGUGUUCCUUCCAGGUAUUGCCGAAAUCCGCCAACUGAACGAUAUUCUGGCUGGCCACCCUUCGUUCAAAGCUGAUUGGUAUGUGUAUCCGUUGCACUCUACCAUCUCAAGUGAGGAUCAGCAGGCUGCAUUUUUGAUUCCUCCACCGGGUGUGCGCAAGAUUGUGCUCGCGACAAAUAUUGCAGAAACUGGAGUAACGAUCCCGGACAUUACCUGUGUCAUCGACGUUGGCAAGCACAAGGAGAUGAGAUUUGACGAACGGAGGCAGCUCUCACAUCUGACGCAAUCUUUCAUCUCAAGAGCCAAUGCGAAGCAGCGCCGUGGCCGUGCAGGCCGUGUUCAGGAGGGAUUAUGCUUCCACCUGUUUACGAAAUACCGUCAUGAUAACCUGAUGGCUGAACAACAGACGCCGGAGAUGCUGAGACUGUCACUGCAAGAUUUAGUUAUGCGUGUUAAGAUUUGCAAGUUGGGAGAUAUUGAGGCAACACUUGCUCAGGCGCUCGACCCACCCACGUCUAAGAACAUCCGGCGUGCCAUUGAUGCACUUGUGGAGGUUGACGCGCUCACACCAAGUGAAGAGCUCACCCCGCUUGGUCGCCAAAUUGCAAAGCUUCCAUUAGAUGCACACCUAGGCAAACUCGUGUUGCUAGCUUGUACUUUUGGCUGUGUCGACGUUGCCAUCACCAUUGCUGCAAUUCUUUCUUCCAAGUCUCCCUUUGUGACACCUUUCGGAGCAAAGCAGCGUGCUGAUAUCGCUCGACUUGGAUUCAAGAAAGGCGACUCGGACCUACUGACAACAUACAAUGCCUACAAAGCCUGGAAAUUAGUAUGCACAACUGCCGGCCGAUCAGAAAUGCAAUUCUGCCAUAAGAAUUUCCUCAGCGCCCAGAACCUAGGCAACAUCGAGGAUCUCAAAGCACAGCUUCUCUCAUCCCUCGUAGAAGCAGGCUUCAUACAAAUGACGCAAGACGAACGCCGAGCCCUGAACCGCUACAGAAGCACACCGCGCCACCGCGUAUUCGUCGAAGUACCACCCCAAUAUGACACCUACUCAGACAACGACCUCCUCGUCAACUCCGUCAUCGCAACGGCCUUUUACCCCAAGAUACUAACGCGCGAGGGCAAGGGAUGGCGCAACAUAUCCAACAACCAGACCGUCAGCCUCGCACCCACAUCUGUCAACAAGGGAUCGUCAACUGCGCAUUUCCUAUCCUACUACCACAUCAUGCAGUCCAGCAAUAAGUUCUACAACGCUCACUCGACAUCCAUUGCGUAUCCCUUCGCCAUGGUCCUCAUGGUCGCUGCGGAUCUCGACUUCAAACUGCACGCUGGCGUGAUAAGUCUACCGGGCAACGUAGUCAGGUUCUCGGUAAGGGAUUGGCGGGUUGCCGUGGGCUUGAAAGUGCUUAGGCGCAGAGUCAAGGAGAUCUUAGCGGGUAGCUGGAAGAAUCCUGCGAGACAAUUAAGCCACCGUGAGCAAGAGUGGAUAGGCUUGUUUUUCAGGAUCUUUGAGCAAAAGUUUGAGAAGGAAGAAAGGAUUAGGGAGAAGGCGGCUGGAAAGGCGAAGUAG